AUGAAACCGCCUUCACCGGGGAAUCCCGAGGACCGUUAUGCACGUCGCUCACUCCACAUUCGCAUACGUGAAGGCUAUUUAAUCGUCUGGGUGGUAUCGCCCGGCGAGGUUCAAUGGGCGGCGGCACCCGAGCGGCCUCCACGCCAGUCGCGCCUCAUGCCCCGGAGGGGCUGCACGUAUCCACGCUCCGCUCGCGACUUAUAUAAUCAUCCGCACGGUGAGUCCGCAGCCUCCGAGCCACCCCUCCCCUUCUACCCUCUCGUUCCCAUCGACCCCGCGAGCUCCGACCCACGCUAA